AUGGACGGUAGGAGGAUCACGGCGAGUCCACGACCGUGUAGUGGUCGGCGGGUGGUGGCUAAGAAACGGCCGCGUGGAGGUAUUGAUGGGUUUGUGAAUAGCGUUAAGAAGCUUCAGAGGAGGGAGAUUUGUUCCAAGAGGGAUCGUGCUUUUAGAAUGUGCGAUGCUCAGGAGAGAUUCAGAAACAUCCGCUUGCAGGAGGAGUAUGAUACUCAUGAUCCAAAGGGACAUUGCUCCAUAGUAUUGCCGUUUCUUAAGAAACGGUCAAAAAUCAUUGAGAUUGUUGCUGCUCGUGAUAUAGUAUUUGCUCUUGCACAAUCUGGAGUUUGUGCUGCAUUCAGCCGAGAGUCUAAUCAGAGAAUAUGCUUUCUGAACGUCAGUCCCGAUGAAGUUAUAAGAAGCUUGUUUUACAAUAAGAACAAUGAUUCACUCAUUACAGUGUCGGUCUAUGCUUCAGAUAGUUUUAGCUCCUUGAAAUGCAGAACAACAAGGAUUGAAUACAUACGGAGAGGUCAACCUGAUGCUGGUUUUUCUCUUUUCGAGUCAGAAUCUUUGAAAUGGCCUGGUUUUGUGGAAUUUGAUGAUGUGAAUGGGAAGGUGCUGACAUUCUCGGCACAAGAUAGCAUUUAUAAGGUGUUCGAUUUGAAAAAUUAUACGUUGUUGUACUCUAUAUCAGAUAAAAGUGUACAAGAGAUCAAAAUAAGUCCGGGAAUCAUGUUGUUGAUAUAUAAUAAAGCUAGCGGUCAUGUUCCUCUCAAGAUUCUCUCUAUUGAAGAUGGAACUGUUCUAAAAUCUUUUAAUCAUCUCCUUCACCGAAACAAGAAGGUGGAUUUCAUUGAGCAAUUCAACGAGAAGCUUCUUGUCAAGCAAGAAAACGAGAAUCUCCAGAUUCUUGAUGUACGCAAUUCCGACCUAACGGAAGUUAGCCGGACAGAGUUUAUGACCCCAUCUGCAUUCAUCUUUCUGUACGAGAACCAAUUAUUCCUGACUUUCAGAAACCGAACAGUCGCUGUAUGGAACUUCCGUGGGGAACUUGUGACUUCGUUCGAGGAUCAUUUAUUGUGGCAUCCUGACUGCAACACUAACAAUAUAUACAUCACAAGCGAUCAGGAUCUUAUUAUUUCAUAUUGCAAAGCCGAGUCCGAUGAUCCUAUCACAGAAGGAAAUGGUUCGAUAAAUAUCAGCAACAUAUUGACAGGGAAAUGCCUUGCUAAAAUAAAGGCAAAAAACGGUGUUCCGUUGGACGAGUGUAGUUGCAGUGGUAGCAGUAGCAGUAGCAGUAGCAGUAGCAGAAGCUGCAAAUGCAACAGCAGGUCAAGAAAGCGAAUGCGAAGGAUUAUGAGUUCUGUUACAGAAGCUCUGGAGGACAUUACGGCCCUUUUUUAUGACGAAGAACGUAACGAGAUCUAUACAGGUAACAGGUUGGGGUUAGUGCAUGUAUGGUCCAACUGAUGUAAAUUCUAGCCUUGCAGUUAUAAAUGUAAGCAUUAGAGAGAUUGGUUGUGUAAGAUGAAUAUGAAUAUGAAUAUGAAUGGGGAUGUAUUUUAAUCGUUAAAAAGAGGAAAUAUGUGAAUGGAACAUGUG